AUGGUUCCUGAGCAGCCUCCCAGCAGGCAGAAGCCCUUCAGGUGCUUGGAAUGUGGGAAGAGCUUCAGGAAGAGCACCAACCUCCUCAAGCACCAGCACAUCCACACUGGGGAACGUCCCUACACUUGUAGGGAAUGUGGGAAGAACUUCAACCAGAGCUCCACCCUGAUCCGACACCAGCUCAUCCACACUGGGGAACGUCCCUACACAUGUGGGGAAUGUGGGAAGAGCUUCAGGCACAACUCCAGCCUCUGCAAACACCAGCGCAUCCACACUGGGGAAUGGCCCUACAUGUGUGGGGAAUGUGGGAAGAGCUUCAGGUACAGCUCCGACCUGAUCCAACACCAGCGCAUCCACACUGGGGAACGGCCCUACACGUGUGGGGAAUGUGGGAAGAGCUUCAGGAACAGCUCCCAUCUCUGUGCCCACCAGCUCAUUCACACUGGAGAACGGCCCUACACGUGUGGGGAAUGUGGGAAGAGGUUUCCGACCAGCUCCAGUCUCCUCCUGCAUGAGCGGACACACACGGAUGAGAGGCCCUUCCGCUGCACCGACUGUGGGAAGGGUUUCAAGCAGAACUCCCACCUCGUCACCCACCGUCGCAUCCACACCAGGGAGAGGCCCUACAAGUGUGGGGAGUGUGGGAAGAGCUUCACCCAGAGCUCUAACUUGACCAGACACCAACAGACCCACCAGUAAGGGAAGUCCUA